AUUUUUAGAGAGAGAGAGAGAGUAGCACUUGGAUUUCGUUCCCAACUUCCGCACUUUUUUUCCCUCUCUCUCUCUCUACAUUCUCAUUUACAUUGCGUGUGUUGUGUUGUGCGUCCCUUCCUUUCCAUUUCCAAAUUUCUCUAUUUUUUUUCUUCUUUCUGUUGAAUCUGCUCUGAGGGUUUUGCUCUUUGAUUCUUCUCUUUUUCUUUUCAUUUUCAAAGUCAAUCUCCCCUCUCAAUUCAUCUUGGUAGGGAUCACACUGUCUUUGUUCCUUCCAAGAUGGAUUUCGUCGGAAAAAUCGUUAAGAAAGAGUUGAAAGGUGUUGGGAUUGUCUCCGGAACUGUGAAAUCUCACGACUCUUCGUCGGGUUUUCUCGAGAUCGUUUACGAAAACGGUGAUUGCGAGGAGUUGGAAGUCUCUGAAGUUGCUUCGCUCUUGGAAAUUCAACUGGAGGUUCCUAAGGUCAAGGCUCGUGCUGGUCGGAAACCCAAAAAAAGACGCCGUGUUCAGACGAAGUGCGAAACGACCGCGUUUUCAGGUAAUGUCAGUGAUAAUUUUGUGGCGGGUAGUGAAUUUAGCGGGACUUUGAAUGGUGAUGAUUCUAGUGGCGGGAAUGAAGGGAAUCUUGUAGGAAAUGGGAAUGGUAGUGGGAGUGUUGAACAACUAGGAAAUGAAAUUGGUUUUGGUUUUAAUGAGAAUUUGAAUUUGAAUGGUGUUCCUGAUAAUAGUAUUAAUAAUAAUAAUAUUAUUAAUAUUAAUAAUAAUGAUGGAAAUUGUGUUAAAGAUGGUAUUGAUUUGAAUGCCGGGCUUGAUUUGAAUGAGGAUAUUGAUGUGAAUGGUGUUUGUGAUUCGGCUUUUAAUGAUGAGGGUAGUUUGAAGAGAAGAGACUGCAUUGAUUUGAAUUUGGAUGUGAAUGAUGAGGUUGAUGUGAAUUUUGAUGUGAAUUUGGGAGGGGAAACUUUGAGGCAGGAAUGUGUAUUUGAUUUGAAUGUGGGUGUGUGUGAAGAAGUUAAGGAAGCUCAGGGUUGUGCUGACGGAAAUGGGUAUUCUGAGGUAGAUGGUGUGACGAGGCAGCUGCUAGAAGAAGAGUCGGAUGUUAAGCACAGGUCUACGGGAGGUGAUGGUGUUCUAGGUAAUUUGAAUUGUGCCUCUGAUGCUAUCAAACUGGAGGAGUUUCAUGUUUCGGUUGGGCAUAUAGCUGAAGAUGCUUCUUUGUGUUUGAUCGAGGAAAAGGAAGGUCAUGAUGGCAAAGAAAAUGUGGCGGCUGUUGACCCUCUUCGGGUUUCGGAUGAUAUUUCUGUUAGGGAUUUUGAUUAUGUUUCCUUUGAAGCCGGUGCUGCCGUAGUUAAUGAAUACCAAAAUGAUCCGGGAAGUCUAUGCAAACAAGGAAGUAAUCAGAGGAAGAGAAGAAAAGUAUCAGACAAUCUAAAAGCCACUCCGGACACGGCUUUGAGGAGGAGUUCUCGCCGGGCAUCAGCUAGAAAACGAGUUUCAAGUGCAGUAUCAGUGGAGAUGAUCGAUGAUCCUUUGUCGUCCCUGGAAACCAGUGUAACAGAAGAAAAACUUUUGAUGCUGGGAAAUGAGAAACAUGAACAGUGCAAUGUUCCUAUUCCGAAGCUGCAAUUGCCCCCUUCUUCUCAAAAUUUGAAUUUAGAUGACAUUCCUGUUCUUGAAUUUUUUUCUGUAUAUUCUUGUUUAAGAUCGUUCAGUACCUUGUUAUUUUUGAGUCCAUUUGAGUUGGAAGAUCUUGUAGCUGCACUAAAAUCUGAAACCCCCAAUGCAUUAUUUGACAGCAUUCAUGUUUCUAUUUUGCAAACUCUGAGAAAGCAUUUGGAUUUUCUUUCCAAUGAGGGUUGCCAAUCUGCAUCCAUUUGCCUGAGGAAUCUUAACUGGGAUUUCUUGGACUUGAUCACAUGGCCCAUUUUCAUGGCCGAGUACCUUCUGAUUCAUAGUUCACAAUUUAAAACUAGUUUUGAUGCUAACCUCUCAAUGUUCAGAACUGACUACUACAAACAACCUGUAAUUUUGAAGCUUGAGAUUCUUCAGUACCUGUGUGAUGAUAUGAUUGAAGCAGACACCAUAAGGUCAGAGCUUAACAGAAGAUCUUUGGUAACAGAGACCGGUAUGGGUUUUGAUCAGAAUAUUUAUUUUGACAAGAAAAAGAGAGCUGUAAUGGAUGUUUCUGGUGGCUCUUGCUUGACUGAGGAGAUUGUGGACAGCACAAAUGACUUGAACAGUGAUGAAUGUUGCCUUUGCAAGAUGGAUGGUAAUUUAAUAUGUUGUGAUGGUUGCCCCUCUGCAUUCCACUCAAGGUGUGUCGGGCUUGCAAGUGACAAUCUGCCUGAAGGUGACUGGUAUUGCCCCGAGUGUGCUAUUGGCACGCACCGGGAUUGGAUGAAAUCGCGAAGGUCACUUCGAGGAGCAGACUUGUUGGGAAUUGAUCCUCAUGGCUGUCUUUAUUUUGGUAGCUGCGGUUACCUGUUAGUUUCAAACUCAUUAGACGCAGGGUCCUUGUUCAAAUACUACCAUAGAAAGGAUAUACACGGUGUAAUUGAAGUUCUAAAGACUAUGGAUACUUUUAAUCGAGACUUAUUAAUGGCUAUCUACAAGCAUUGGGAUAUUCCGGCUAACUUAAAUGCAGGGGCUAGUAACUCCACAGUCUUUAAUCAAAUUUCCUGCAAGAACAUGCAAAUGACGGCUGAAUAUUAUGCUAAGCCUACAUCUUCAGCACCUCUUACUUCUUCAGAAACUUGUAUGGACAAGAAUCCGGUUGACAAUCAGAAAAAGUUGGAGAAAAAUUCAACUAUUGACUGUUGUACUCACGAUGGCCAAGACUUCCGAAAAGUUGGGAACCAAUUAGACUCUGUAACAACAAUCGAGAGUCCUUGUAUUGCCUCAGAAGGAUCAGCUGAUACCGCACAUAUGAGAUCAGGCAUUGAGAGUGUUCAGAUGCACAGGAUAUAUGAUUCCAUAGGUGUUAGCAGUACCCCUUAUACUAACAAUAAGGAUACAUCACAAGCACCUAGUGGGACUGACUACAUAAACUAUUACAGCUUUGCGAGGGUGGCCUCAUUAGUUGCGCAGGAGUUGAUGUGUAAGUUACCUGAAAAGAACAAUAAGAAUAUUAUAAUGACUGAAGAAGAAAUAAUUUCUGACCAAGCAAAGGCAAUCAUGAAGAUGUCCACCAACUUUUGUUGGCCAAGUAUUCAAAACUUGAACUCAGCUGCUCAAAAUGAAAAAUGCGGGUGGUGCUUUUCUUGCAAGGUUGCAAAUGAUGACAGAGAUUGCUUGUACGUUUCUGUGGUGAAACCUCUUUCUGAAGUGUCUAAAAGUACUUCAGUCGGGCUUCAACCCGGGAAAAUCCAGAGUGGACAUCUUAGAGAGAUAAUAUGCCAUAUUUUCUCUCUCGAGGUUCGAUUACGGGGUCUUUUAUCGGGUCCUUGGUUGAAUCUGCAUCAAACGAAUCUUUGGCAUAAGGAUCUUUUGAAGACGUCUGAUUUUCUUCCUGUUAAACGAUUAUUGCUUCUUUUGGAAUCCAAUUUGAGACAUCGUGCACUUUCAGCUGAUUGGUUGAAGCAUGUGGAUUCUGUGGCCACUAUGGGAUCUGCCACUCAUAUUGUGGUUGGUUCAGCGCGCACAUCCUCAAGGCAUGGUGUUGGAAGGAAAAGAUCCAGGCAUUCAAAUAUUGAAUCCAGUUCAGCUUCAAACACUACUGGUGGUUUGGGAAUGUAUUGGUGGAGAGGUGGUAGGGUUUCCCGAAAGUUGUUUAAUUGGAAGGUUUUGCCUCGGUCCUUUAUUACCAAAGCCGCUAGACAAGCUGGGCGUACAAAGAUACCAGGUAUUUUAUAUCCUGAGAAUUCAGAUUUUGCAAAGAGAAGCCGGUAUGUUGCCUGGCGGGCUUCUGUUGAGAUUUCAACAAGUGUUGAGCAGCUUGCUUUACAGGUUAGAGAACUAUAUUCAAACAUAAGGUGGCAUGAUAUUGAGAAUAACCAUCCUCUAUAUGUGUUGGACAAGGAAUCUAGAAAAUCUGUCAGGCUAUUCAAAAAGGCAAUUGUACGCAGAAAGUGCACAGAUGGACAAUCAGUGAAAUACCUUCUUGAUUUUGGGAAGAGAAGGGCUAUUCCAGAUGUUGUUAUUAAACAUGGCUCUUUGUUGGAACAACCCUCGAGUGAGAAGAAAAAGUAUUGGCUGAACGAGUCUUAUGUUCCUUUACAUCUUGUAAAAAAUUUUGAGGAAAGAAGAAUUGUCCGCAAGUCCAAUGAUAAGACGCUCGGAAAAUUUCUUGAGAUUGGUAGAGUAAAGAGGGUUCCUGAACAAAGGGGUUUUUCAUAUUUGUUUUCUAGAAUGGAAAAAUCUAAUUUUCAUCAGUGUGGGCAUUGCAAAAAAGAUGUUCCAAUCAGUGAAGCUGUGAGUUGCCUUUAUUGCAAAGGAUUUUUCCACAAGAGGCAUGCCAAGAAAUCAGGUGGCACAAGAGCUACUGAAUGCACAUAUUCAUGUCGCAGAUGCCAGGAUGGGUUGCAUGUAAAGACUAAUACUAAUAAAAGGAAAAUUGGCUCAAAACUGCAAAAGAUUCAAUCACAGAAUUGUAAGAGUGUCCCUUUGGUUUGUAAAUCAGUGAAACUUAAAGGCAAGAAAAAGGCAUCAAGUAAGGUGCAGCAGGUGAUAUCUCGAAACAGUAAGAACAUCUCAUCAAUUGUACCUCUUCGUCGUUCUACUAGGAAGGCUAAAUCAUUGUAUCUGCGCAAUCAAAUGAUUGGAGGACGUAAAAAUGGAAUUCAAAGUAAAAGGAAUGUAGGACGUAAAAAAGGAAAGCAAAGUAAAUCCAAGAAAGUGACGUCUCAAAAGCCCAAGGAACCUACUGGACAGCAUAAAAAAUUUGCAGUCACUCGCGCAUGUAAGAAAAGAACAGAACUCUGUAACAGUUACUGGCUUAAUGGUCUUCGGUUUUCUAGAAAGCCAAAUGAUGAACGAGUAAUGCUUUUUAAAGAGAAAAAGCAUAUUACCUCUGAAGAUUUUUCUGGUUCCCGUGAUUGUCCUAAAUGCUGCCUUUGUUGUGGAGAUGAAGCUACAUCAAAUUACAUUGCUUGUGAAAUUUGUGGAGAUUGGUUUCAUGGGGAUGCUUUUGGUCUCUCUGUAGAGAAUGCCAGACAACUUAUUGGAUUUAGGUGCCAUGUGUGUCGUGAUAGGAUUGCUCCGAUCUGUCCCCACGUGAAGAUUAAUGCGUUGUCUCACACUGAACAGGAUGCUACAAUUGAGUGUCAAGAGGAAUGAUCUAACCGUGUUUCUCUCCAACCUCUGAGUGAGGUGUAAUGGUUUGCUUUGAAAGGACGUGGCUGGACAUCGGCUUGUAGGGUUAUUUUUCUCCCUGCAAGGAUAUGGUGGCAAAUAUUUAUUUUUGUUAAAAAAAAAAGAUUUUUCUUUAUAGCUGUAAAAGGAAUGAUUGCUUGACUGGCUUCUUCUCUGAUGUGUGCCUUCUGUUUCAACCUUCUUGGAAAGAGAGAAGAACAAAGAAACUACAAGCUUGAUAGUGCAGAAAGGCAGAAGAUAGUUGCAAUCAGGACACAGAAUUCAUACAUCAAUUGCAUUCAUGAUUGUUAUUCUAACCCAUCAGCAUUGAUUGUUGUACUGUAGAAUUUUUUUUUUAAAAAAUUUAAGGAUUGCCCCCCCUUGUCUGGUUCCUUCAAAUCAAAUUUUGUAGGAAUCAGUACAUAAAUCGUUACUGAUUUUAGUGAAUCGAAUAUUGGUAAUCAUUAUGAAUUGUUGACAGACCAUUGCUUUGUAAGGAGAGGUUUUUGCAACUUUGCCGUUUCCUAUAGGAAUCAUUUUGGAUGGCACUCAAUUGGAAAUUACUUGGGUCUUUUAUAUUCAAA